CCGCCGCCGCCGCUGCCGCCGCCUCGGCCAUGCGGCUCCCGGGCCGGGGGCCUGGGCUCGGGCCCGCGCCGCCCCCCGCGCGCCUCGCCCGCUGAGCCCGCGCCCGCCGGGGCGCCGCCCGGCACCAUGGUGCAGAAGUCGCGCAACGGCGGCGUGUACCCCGGCCCGAGCGGGGAGAAGAAGCUCAAGGUGGGCUUCGUGGGGUUGGACCCCGGCGCGCCCGACUCCACCCGGGACGGCGCGCUGCUCAUCGCCGGCUCCGAGGCCCCCAAGCGCGGCAGCAUCCUGAGCAAGCCGCGCGCGGGAGGCGCGGGCGCCGGGAAGCCCCCCAAGCGCAACGCCUUCUACCGCAAGCUGCAGAAUUUCCUCUACAACGUGCUGGAGCGGCCGCGCGGCUGGGCGUUCGUCUACCACGCCUACGUCUUCCUGCUGGUUUUCUCCUGCCUCGUGCUGUCCGUCUUCUCCACCAUCAAGGAGUACGAGAAGAGCUCCGAGGGCGCACUCUAUAUCUUGGAAAUCGUGACCAUCGUGGUGUUCGGGGUGGAGUACUUCGUGCGGAUCUGGGCGGCCGGCUGCUGCUGCCGGUACCGCGGCUGGAGGGGGCGGCUCAAGUUUGCCCGGAAGCCUUUCUGCGUAAUAGACAUCAUGGUGCUCAUCGCCUCCAUCGCCGUGCUGGCCGCUGGCUCCCAGGGCAACGUGUUCGCCACGUCGGCUCUCCGGAGCCUCCGCUUCCUGCAGAUCCUCAGGAUGAUCCGUAUGGACCGGCGCGGCGGCACCUGGAAGCUGCUGGGCUCCGUGGUCUACGCCCACAGCAAGGAGCUGGUGACUGCCUGGUACAUCGGCUUCCUCUGCCUCAUCCUGGCCUCGUUUCUGGUGUACUUGGCAGAGAAGGGCGAGAACGAUCACUUUGAUACCUACGCUGAUGCCCUCUGGUGGGGCCUGAUCACUCUGACGACCAUUGGUUAUGGGGACAAGUAUCCCCAGACCUGGAACGGGAGGCUCCUGGCUGCAACAUUCACCCUCAUUGGCGUCUCCUUCUUUGCUCUUCCUGCGGGCAUUUUGGGAUCUGGCUUUGCUCUGAAAGUUCAAGAGCAGCACCGGCAGAAGCACUUUGAGAAGAGGCGGAACCCUGCCGCGGGCCUGAUCCAGUCCGCCUGGAGGUUCUAUGCCACCAACCUGUCUCGCACAGACCUGCACUCGACGUGGCAGUACUAUGAACGCACGGUGACCGUGCCCAUGUACAGCUCGCAAACUCAAUCCUACGGGGCCUCCAGACUGAUCCCGCCGCUCAACCAGCUGGAGCUGCUUCGGAACCUCAAGAGUAAAUCUGGGCUCACCUUCAGGAAGGAGCCUCAGCCGGAGCCCUCUCCAAGGCCGGCGGAAGACUCUCUGUGCAGGCCCCUCACUGUCAUUGCUCAGACCCAAGUGCGGCUGCUGGACCCUGAGCCCAGGGCUGCAUCAGGUAAAGGCAGACCGUGCAGAGAGUCCCUGUGUGGAUGCUGCCCUGGACACUCUAGUCAGAAGGUCAGUUUGAAAGACCGUGUCUUCUCCAGCCCCCGAGGCGUGGCUGCCAAGGGGAAGGGGUCCCCGCAGGCCCAGACCGUCCGCCGGUCACCCAGCGCCGACCAGAGUCUGGAGGACAGUCCCAGCAAGGUGCCGAAGAGCUGGAGCUUCGGGGACCGCAGCCGGGCACGCCAGGCCUUCCGGAUCAAGGGCGCCGCGUCCCGACAGAACUCAGAAGCGAGCCUCCCCGGGGAGGACGCCGCGGAGGACAACAAGAGCUGUAACUGCGAGUUUGUGACCGAAGAUCUGACCCCAGGCCUCAAAGUCAGCAUCCGGGCCGUGUGCGUGAUGCGCUUCCUGGUGUCCAAGCGGAAGUUCAAAGAGAGCUUGCGGCCAUACGACGUGAUGGACGUGAUCGAGCAGUACUCGGCCGGCCACCUGGACAUGCUGUCCCGCAUCAAGAACCUGCAGUCCAGGAUAGAUAUGAUUGUGGGCCCCCCACCCCCUUCAACUCCCCGGCACAAGAAGUACCCCAGCAAAGGACCCGCGGCCCCUCCGAGAGAGUCACCCCAGUACUCACCUAGAGUGGACCAGAUCGUGGGGCGGGGCCCGGCGAUCACAGACAAGGACCGCACCAAGGGCCCAGCCGAGGCCGAGUUGCCCGAGGACCCCAGCAUGAUGGGCCGGCUGGGGAAGGUGGAGAAGCAGGUGUUGUCCAUGGAGAAGAAGCUGGACUUUCUGGUAAACAUCUACAUGCAGCGCAUGGGCAUCCCCCCGACGGAGACGGAGGCGUACUUCGGGGCCAAGGAGCCCGAGCCGGCGCCGCCCUACCACAGCCCCGAGGACAGCCGCGAGCACGGGGACAGGAACGGCUGCAUCAUCAAGCUGAUCCGUUCCGCCAGCUCCACGGGCCAGAAGAACUUCUCGGCGCCCCCGGCCCAGUGCCCGCCCUCCACCUCGUGGCAGCAGCAGUGCCACCCGCGCCAGGGCCACGGCACCUCCCCUGUGGGCGACCACGGCUCGCUGGUGCGCAUCCCGCCCCCGCCCGCCCACGAGCGCUCGCUGUCCGCCUGCAGCGGGGGCAACAGGGCCAGCACGGAGUUCCUGCGGCACGAGGCCGCCCUGCGGGACAGCGACACGUCUAUCUCCAUCCCGUCUGUGGACCACGAGGAGCUGGAACGUUCCUUCAGCGGCUUCAGCAUCUCCCAGUCCAAGGAGAACCUGGACGGCCUCCACAGCUGCUACGCGGCCGCGGCGCCCUGCGCCACAGUCAGGCCCUACAUCGCGGAGGGCGAGUCGGACACGGACUCGGACCUGUGCACCCCGUGCGGGCCCCCGCCGCGCUCCGCCACCGGGGAGGGCCCUUUCGGCGACGUGGGCUGGGCCGGGCCGCGGAAGUGAGGCCGCCCGCCCGCCUCCCCCCGACUCUGGCUUUCCAGGUCUGCAGACGGGACGCUCCUCAGCGGCGCCUUGGUCUCGAGAAGUGAAGUCUGGCAGAAGUUAUUUCUUAACAAGGGGCCGCCAGGCCGGCCGUGCCCUCUCUGCAGACCGCUGGCUGGGGUGGGAGCAGGGGUGACGGCAGAGGACAGACCCCUGGCGGUAGGGAAGGGGCGUGCGGUCAAGGAGCAGGGCCCGGUGAGGGUGGCAGCGAGGGGCAGGAUCGAUGGCCCUGAGGCCCGUGGGGCGGGAGCUUGGGCCGAAGGAAGCACUGGUGCCCCGUGGGCGCGGCUUGGUCUUGUCCCUCUGUCCCCGCAAGGCUGGCACGACGACGCCUUCUCUCCUCCAGGGAGCUGCUGGCCUGCAGAGGAGGGGGUGAGACCUCAGGGCCUCCCGGCCUUGGCUCCUGUGGGGAGGGGCCUGCUCCACAGGCUUCUGGAACGGGGCCGUUGCGGGGGGCUCUUGCAGCCACCGGAGACCUGGGGAUGGGCACCCCCAUGUGCUCCAGGCCACGGCCAGCACCGGAUAGAGCCCCGUGUGCAGGGAGCAUGCUGGGUGGUUGCGGGCUGGUGUUUCUAGGCCCCAGGGCCGGGUAGGUCUUGGUGAGCAGGUUCACCUGCUGUCUUUCCCUGGGGGCCCUGCCUCACUGCUCCCCGACUGGUGCCUCAACAGGACCCAGGGCAGGACGAUGCUAUAACCCCUGGGGAAAGCCUUCAAAGCCCCCCGGAGGUUGGGGGGCCCCCUCCCCCCGUGGAGCUGAAGCAGCCCUGUCCUGUAGGGUGCCUCCUUCGUCCCCGCUGCGGCUGACCGUCCACCCACCCGCUCGGCACUGACUGGUCCCUUGGCUGUGACUUCUUGGUAUCCUGGGAGUCAAGGAUGACCAUCUCCAGCCUGAGCCUCAGGGAGCAGGGGCCCUUGUCUCCUGUGGUUGGCACCUUGGCGCCAGGAACAGCAGCUCUGAGCCAGUCUCAGCAGUCUGUGGGGUGGGAAGCAUCUGGCAUUUGGAAGCGCGGCCUGGGCACCUGGCUAUCUCUGCGGCAGUGACCCCUGCGUGUGGUCGGGCUGGACGCGGCCAAGCCCACUAUGGAGUGACUUCCCCCCAAGCGCUAGGUCCUGGGGGAGCUCUGUCAUGACUCGGACCAGAAGUGGUUGGCGAGAGAGUCUGCCUUUGUCCUCGGAGAAGGGCUUGGAAAACAGUAUCUGAGGGUCAUGUGCCCCGGGCAUGAGGUCCAGGCGCUUGGAGCUCUUUAGGGAGAAAUGUCUCUUGACCGGGCAGGGGCCAUUGCUGUGGGCUCUGUGCCUGCCCCCUCCCCUUGCCAGGACACCCCGGGUCCCACCAGAGGCGCCUCUUGCUGGCCGGGCAGCAGGUGGCUGUGCUGGGUCUGUGUUUGCCCACAGCAGAGGGCGGAGGGCGGAGGGCACAGGCUCAGAGGUGGAAACCGCUGUUGCUGUCAGGGCCCAGCCUCCGGGAGGGGAAGGUGUGGAAGUUGCCACGGGGCCCGGGAAGGAGCGCUUCUGGGGCCGUGCUGGCUCCCUCGUGCUGAGGACCGUCCUUCUCCAGGGCUGUGUUUCUCCGGCCUCGGGCCUCAGGGUGGUGGGAAAAGUCCCUACCCGUGCAGACGCUGCGGGCCUUGGUGUGGCCUGUGCGGAGUGGCCCGAGGAAGGUGCCUCUCCCAUCGCCAUCUCCCUCUGGGCUGAGCCCCCUUCGCCCUCCCGGCACGGGGGAGGGGGGUUCCAGUUGCAGACCGCCAGGCAGGGCAGGAGCGGGCGGCCCCUGAGCCGGGCAAGGCCGGGUCGGAUCUCGAGGCCCUGUGAGAGUUAGAGCAUGUCGCCAGCGACAGACCCGCCUUGCUGGGUCUCGGCCAUCGAGGACUCCACGCCCUGGGUGGAGGCGCCUGUUGUCCCAAGAGAAAGGUUGCUGUCCCGUCCCACAUGCUCCCUGUGUUGUGUGUCCCUGCAGGCGGGAGGAGCUGGCCUCAGACGUGCUCCCUGUGCACAGAGCCGCUGCACAGGGGGAGGGGUCUCUCAGGCAUGUUCCACGUCCGCAGGGGGGACGAGAGGCCUCCUGCCUGAGAUCUCUGGCCCCUCCGAAGGGAGGAGGCACCCAGCUCUGGGGGAUGGGUUAGGGGCUCGGCUUUGGGAGAUGAUGUAGUAGAGGCCCCCUCUCGGGACGCCCGGACCGAGGCCUGGGCAGUGCGUGUCCCUCACGGCACCCACCCCCUGCCCCAGGGUCCCACCCUCAGAGAAGCAUAGCAGGAAAAGGCUGGAGGCCUCCGCAGGGAGCGUGAGCCCUUGGUUGGGCGUGUGCGUGAUGGGAGUACGGAGCCGGCCGGUCACCCUUGGCACAUGUGGCAAAGGUUUCCUAAGACAAGGGCACUUGUUAGGCCAGAAUACGUGCCCCCACCAGCCCAUGGCCCUGUGCUCAUGUACACACUUGCGUACGUGCAGCACACGCACACACACAAGCACACCCACGGGGAUGUAACUUGGCACACACAUGCUCACAUGCACGCACACACUCAUGUGCACACACGCUCGUGCACACGUACACAUGUGCAGCCCACCCACACAUGCACACAAUGCGCACACACGGGCUCACUCAUACACACACUUACAAGCUCACAUGUGCACACGUGCGCGC